AUGCAUUCCAACAGUUGUUUUACCCCUCUGUUCUCCUUUACUGGCCCUGCUGUGAAGAGGCUGUUGGGCUGGAAGCAAGUGGACGAGGAAGAAAAGUGGGCUGAAAUGGCAGUGGAUUCCUUGGUGAAGAAGCUGAUGAAGAAAAGGGGCGCCUUGCAGGAACUGGAGAGAGCCCUCAGCUGUCCUGGGCAGCCCAGCAAAUGUGUGACCAUCCCCCACUCCCUGGAUGGAAGGAUGCAGGUCUUCCACCGCAAAAGAUACCCGCAUGUCAUCUACUGCCAAGUAUGGCGCUGGCCUGAUUUGCAGUCCCAGCAUGAAUUGAAACCUCUAGCCUGCUGUGAAUUCCCCUUUGGCUCUAAGCUAAAGGACGUCUGCAUCAACCCUUACCAUUAUCAAAGGGUGGAAGCCCCAGUGUUGCCUCCAGUCUUGGUUCCAAGACACAGUGGAUUCAACCCAUGGUUCAGCCUCCUUAUCCCAUUCCAAAAUGCCUCUCUUGAGAGUGAGCAACAGAUGUCCAACAGUGCAACUCAUCCUGAUCCUUACCCUGCAAAGCAGCCUCCCUGCACUCCUUUCUCAGAAUCCCACAAUAUGCACACACCAUCAACAAGCAGCAUGGACUACUCAGUGACCCGAGGAAAUGCAGCUGCCCCAGAAAGGACAUCUGAGCUCACAGAUGCCCAACCUGUGAGCUAUGAGGAACCAGAUCAGUGGUGCUCAAUUGCCUAUUACGAACUCAAUAAGAGAGUAGGAGAGACUUUUCAGGCCUUUUCUCGAAGUAUACUCAUAGAUGGCUUUACAGAUCCUUCAAACAAGGGCCGCUUCUGCCUUGGAUUUCUCUCUAAUAUUGGCAGGAAUUCUUCAAUAGAAAACACCCGAAACCACAUCGGAAAAGGUGUCCACCUGUAUUAUGUAGGUGGAGAGGUCUUUGUCGAGUGUUUGAGCAACUGCAGUGUUUUUGUCCAGAGCUCAAAUGCCAACCGUGAGUGCGGUCUCCACCCAAGCACCAUUUGCAAAAUCCCCAGUGGAUACAACCUGAAGAUUUUUAACAACCUACUCUUUGCACAACUGCUUUCCCAGUCGGUUAACUACGGUUUUGAGGCAGUCUCUGAGCUCACCAAGAUGUGCUUCAUCCGGAUAAGCUUUGUUAAAGGCUGGGGAGCAGGAUACCAUCGCCAGGCGAUCACCAGCACCCCUUGUUGGGUGGAGAUCCAUCUUCAUGGAGCUUUAAAAUGGCUGGAUAAGGUGCUGCGGGAAAUGGGCUCUCCAGAGGUUCCCAUCUCUUCCAUUUCAUAA